AUGGAUAGUAUGUUUAUAUCUAAAAGUGACUAUAAAAGAGCUUCUCAAUGUUUCUUCAAAGCAUUUGAUCUAUUUUGGGAAGUCUUAUCAGAAAAUAAUGAAUAUUUAGUUCUGAAUCUAAAAAAUAUAGAGGAACAAGCAGCAAUUUACUCAUUUGUUGCUCGAAUUGAUGAUCGAGAAAUUGUUGCACAGCUGAAAGAAAAAAAGAAAGCACAACAGGAAUACAGUGAUGCUCUUCAACAAGGUCAUGGUGCAUAUCUACUCGAACAAGAUGAAAAAUCGCAAGAUAAUUUUAUUAUCAAUGUUGGUGCACUACCACCCGGUAAAGAAUGUCACAUUGAUAUAUCGUACGUCUCCGAACUGGAUUUGGUUCAAAAUGGAAGCCAAAUUCGCUUUGUUAUUCCAACAACUAUCGCACCUCGCUACAAUCCAGACAAAGGUGGUAUUAGUUCACCGGCUGGUACUACGUCAAAAUACGUUCAAACAGUUCCAUACACAAUUGAAUUUCACUGUCAAUUAGGUCCACUUCAAUGGUUAGAACAACACCCUCCAGGACAAGGUCGUGCGCGACAAAUAUUUUUGUUGACUGACGGAGAAAUUUCAAACGUCAAUGAAGUACUCGAUCUGUGCCGUUCAAUGGCUACUUCCACACGAAUCUUUUCAUUUGGUUUGGGUCAUUCACCAAGUCGUUCGCUGGUCAAAGGCCUUGCUAGAGCAACAAACGGUCGUUUUGUUUUUAUUCCACCUAACAGUAGUGUCGACGUUCACGUUGGUGAACAACUACAAAAAGCUCUCCAAUCUUGCAUAACGAAUAUAGAAGUGAAAUGGAAUCUGGGUACUGACGUUAUGAGUGCUCCUACAAAAAUGCCACCAGUCUAUGUUAAUGAUCGUCUAAUUGUCUAUGCACUUGCUAGUGAUCCAAUGUUUGUCUUCGAUCAUAAUUCCAGUAUCGAAUUACUUAAUGAUAAAAGCCAAUUGGGCAGGGCAAAUAUCGAUACAAUACCGAAUGUUAGUGCUAAUGGAACCAUUGCUCGACUCGCUGCCAAAGCACUCAUUCUCGAAUUACAACAUUCAAAACUACCCUCAUCGGUCAAGCAAAACAUUUCGGGUUCGCUACAAAGUCGAUUCCAGAAAGAUUAUCCAUCGCCGACGCCAGCUACAACAAGCGAAGAGAAGGAAAUCAUAAAGAAACGCAUCAUUGACCUUUCACUUAAGUAUCAAAUUUUAAGUCCUCACACUGCUUUCGUCGGUGUUGAAAAACGCGUGAAUGCUAGUAAUAAUGAUAUGGUUUUACGCGAAGUACCAAUUCAAAUAUCGGCUGAUGAUGAACACUUACAGGUACCCCAUUUUAUGAAUUUUUCUGCAGGUAUGAUGCCACGUACUGCGAUGGCAUAUCGUUCAAUGGCACCACCAAUGUCGAUGGAUUCAAUGCAGCUAUUUGACCAAACCAUGGACAUGUGUUUUUACGAUUCAUCAUCAAUGCUUCAAUCAGAAUCUUGUUUAUAUGAUAUGGAGAAUGAAGACAUGUCGCCGACCGCCAUGACAGAGUCUAACGAUUUAAUGUCGUUCACUGACAAUGCUAACUAUGAUACAAUCUAUUCACAUCAGCAGUCUUUGAUUGGCCAAGAAAAAGAUGAGGCAUGGCCUACUGGAGAUCAAAAUAUUGUUCGCUACUUGAUCAACAAGCAAAAAUUUGAUGGUUUAUGGGAUUUAGAUGCAAAAAGUGUAGAACAAUUGACUGGAAAGCCACUGACAAGUUUUCCAUCAUUCAACAAUCAGCAAGUUCUCAUUUCAGCAAUUGUCGUUGUCGCACUUGAAACGCGUUUCGCCACAAUGUCGACAAUGUGGCAUGGUGUAGUGCAAAAAGCUCGCAAACGCCUUCUCGAUUUACUCGGCAAAGAUGCUAAACAACUUCAAUCGUUAUUGGAGAACAUUCGUCAGCAAUUUUAA